GAUGAGCAUUGAGCAACAGGUGACAGCGUGUCUAGGCUUGUUACUGGGGGGAGGUAUAGCCCCUGCAUUUCAGAAUGGUUCCUCCACCGGCUCCACCCAGACCUCCAUCAUUGGCACAUUUCGCCAUAUUUGAUCCAUCCAAGGCCGAUCAGAAGCCAAAGUCAGAAAAGGUGGAUAAAGGCAAGGGCAAGGAACGGCAAGUCGACCUAGGCGAUGGGACGGAUCACGAUGAUCAGCAGCCUAGCGCGAGAGAGAUCGAGCUGCAAGAUGAUCUACGGGAAGCCUCUCAGAUCCUGUUCUACACUGCCAAAUCUGGAUCCGUCAGUCGAGAUACGAUGCUCAAGCAGAUUGGGCUCGUAAGAGGUUUGAUGGGGUUCACCGAGAUGGCGACGGGCGUGAAAGAUCCAGACGAGAGUGACUUUUGGUCUUUUCGGUCCCAUCGAUCCCGCAUGAUAGUCUACACGCCGAAACCGCAAAUUUACAUCUACGCUAACAUUACUCUGGCCACUCGGGUCUCCUUUGAGACCAGCAAAGCUGCCAAGAAUGAUCCCAAACCCGGGUCGGAAACCUAUGAACCUGCUCCGACUGCUCAAGGACUAUCUGAUCGGCUUCUCCUUCAAGGUCUCAAGCGAGGUUUUGCAGAGUAUGAGCUCUUAUAUGGCACAUAUGAGACCGACUCGACAUCCUCUUCCGCAUUCGAAAAGUUCUGGACAUCGUUCACAUUCGAAUAUGAAGCUUCGUACGUCUCACCUUCGCACCCCCUGUCUCGAGCUCUGCCCGGGAUCGAAUGCCUACCACAGCCACAAAAGAUCCAACGAGCCCUUUUGGCACUCUCCAACACCUCUGCUCUCCCUCUCACCAACCUUGGCAUCAUAUCUACUUUGGGCACAUGCACUCUCGAGUCAUGUCCUGGAACCCUCUUACGCUACCUCAUCAAGAUCCUCUCCAUGUCUCUAUCGAAUCCUCAUACAAGGUCCAUACCGUCUUCUCCAGCGUCUAUCAAGACCGUCGGCGAUCGGAAGUCUAGCUGGUCAGGCUUGGGGACUUUAUCCUGGGUCCCAGGUCUGGGAGGUUCAAGAUCCACUACCCCAUCAAGAUUGACUGCUUCGCCGUCCAAGCCUUUGGAUACUGAUUCGCCAUCGAGGUCAUCUUUACGCAGUGUUUCUCGUUCCGAAGGUCCUCCAGGGUCAUCUGGCGAGAUUGAUAGAACAGCUGACAAGUGGGGAUUUAUGGGUCUCGCCGGGUUGACGGAUGCAGUCGGUAGCUUGAAGGUCGCCCCGAGCUUGGAUAUGGGCAGCCUGUUCCGCUUCGGAGGCGGACAAGAGCAUGCGACAGAAACGACGAAAGCCGGCGCAAAAACCAGCGUCGUCACGUCUAGCUCCUCGCGUGCGUCAACAUUCGACGAACCGCCUCGUGCGGAUGCCCCGGAUCCGAAGGACUCUGAGUCCUCUAGCUUGAGCCCGAUAGAGACGCCCAUUCGGGCUAGUCUGGAAGUUCGUCCUCGACCAGACCUAUUACCAGAUCUCGAAGCCGCGUCAACCCAUGAGAUUGACCUGGGUUGGGAGUUUAGAUCGGUAUAUUUAGAUUUGACUACCGAAGAACGAGCCGGGGCAGAUCCGACUUCGAAGAAUCAUUGUCGUCAGACUGUAUGGUGGAUUAUCCGUGACGGUAUCCUACUGUUCGCCCUGACGUCGCCGGACGAGUCCCCAUCAAUCUCUAGCGAAGCAGUCUCGACCUUCUACGCCAGCCUGGGAGAUCUGGCUAGAUCCGGAGUGUCUGGAGGAGGUGCAGCUGACUCGUCCCAUUUUGAUACUCCUUGGUUAUACGCAGGACCAGAGUCCAUCUCGUCAUCGACUCCUGGUCUACCGACAUCCUCUGAGAAUGUUCUGCUGAAGCUGGAAGACUGGUCAAAUUUCGAGCCCACAAUCGAGGAGAUCUCCGCCAAGACGUCGAAAGAAUUUGUGUCACUGAAACGAUUCGACAAGGGAGAAGAGACGACGAAGAAGACGGUCUUUUUAUCCCUUGAUAAGAAGGAUGCAAGUCUCACAGACGUGGAUCAUGCUGUUCGAGGGUUCACGAGGUCUCAUCCAGAUCUAGUCAAUUGAAGAGAAUCAUAAAAAGA